UUGUCUCUCUAUCUCUCUCUUGUCUCUCUCUCAUCUCUCUCUUGUCUCUCUCUCAUCUCUCUCAUCUCUGUCUCUCUCUCUCCCCUCUCUCUCCCCUCUCUCUCGCGCCGACGGACGGAUGGAAGGAAUCAAAUAAAAUCGUUGACGUUGCACCCGAACGAGCCCCCGGAGAAGCCGCUCGGCCAACGUCCGUCGAGUCCCACGGCAGACGAGCCGCCAGCGACAAUUUACCGUCGACGGACUCCAGCCCCGGCGCGAACCCCGGUGGGGGCGGGGGGAGGGUUGGGGGUUAAACAGUCAUGAGCGCCGGCGCCGCCACCGGCGCCUCCGGCGCCUCCGGCGCCUCCUCCUCCUCCGGCGUUUGCCGCCGCCGCCGCCGCCGCCGCUCCAUCUCGCUGGACGUGAAGCUCGAGGUGCUCCGGCGCUACGAGCGGGGCGAGCGCGCCGCCGACAUCCGCCGCGCCCUCGGCCUCACGGGCUCCACGGUGAGCACGAUCCGGGCCAACGGCGAGCGCAUCCGCGCCAGCUGCCGCAGCGUCGACCCGGCGACGGCCGCCCGGACGAGCCGCACGCGAGCCGUCGCCAUGGAGACGAUGGAGCGGCUGCUGCGGGCGUGGAUCGACGGCGAGCGCCGCCGGGGCGCCGCCCUCGGCCUCCUCGCCGUCCAGGACAAGGCGCGGGGUCUCUACGAGGAGCUGCGGGCCCGGGAGGGGGCCGACGGCGGCUCCGGCGGCUCCGGCGGCUCCGGCGGCAGGGCCUUCGCCGCGAGCCACGGCUGGUUCGAGCGCUUCAAGCGACGCAGCAGCCUCGGGAGCAUCGGCGGGGCGGCCGCCGGGGCGGCCGACGCGGCGGCCUCGGCCGCGCGCUUCGCCGAGCGCUUCGCCGAGGCGGUGGAGGCGGGCGGCUACUCGCCCAAGCAGGUGCUCAACGUGGACGAGACGAGCCUGCUGUGGAGGCGGGCGGGGGCCGCCGCCUCCGCCGCCUCCGCCGCCUCUGCCGCCGCCUCCGCCGCCUCCUCCGCCUCCGCCGCCUCCUCCGCGGCAGCGCCCCCCCCGAAGGACCGCUGCACCCUGCUGCUCGGCGGCAACGCGGCGGGCGACCUCAAGCUGCGGCCGCUCGUGGUCUACCACUCGGAGACGCCGCGGGCCCUCCGGGGCUGCGCCAAGGGCGAGCUGCCCGUCGUGUGGCGCUCGGACGCCCGCGGCUGGAUCACGGGCGCCAUCUUCCUCGAGUGGUUCAGCGGGCCGCUGCACGCCGAGCUGCGGGAGUACUGCGCCCGCGAGGGCCUCCCCUUCCGCGCCCUGCUCGUGGUCGACGGCGCCGCCGCCCACCCGCCGGGCGUCGCCUCCCUGUCGGAGGACGUCCGCGUCGUCUUCCUGCCGCCCGACGCCGCCCCGCUCGUCCAGCCCAUGCGCCGGGGGGCCAUCGCCGCCUUCAAGGAGCGCUACCUGCGGCGGGCGGCCCCCGCCGCUGGCGCCGGAAGGGGGGCGGCCGCCGCUAGGGGGGCGGCCGCCGUUAGGGGGGCGGCCGCCGCUAGGGGGGCGGCAGCCGCCGUGGAGGAGGAGGCGUUGCUGCGGCUGGACGAUCGGCUGCCGGCGGAGGCCGGGGAGGGCGAGGCCGCGCCGACCGCCCGCCGGCUGUCGCGGGCCCUGGCCCACGUGAGGCGGGCGGCGGCCAUCUUCGGCGAGGGCGACACCGACCGCCGGCGCAGCGCCCGGGUGGCGAGGCUCCUCAACGGCGCCGUCGGCUGCUACCGCGACCUCUACGGCCGGAGGAUGAGGCGGGCGAAGCGGCUCUGGCUGGAGGCCGCGGCCGCCGGGGGGCGGGCGGGCGGCGGGGGCGGCGGCGGUGGGGCGGCCGCGGCUUCGGUGGCCCCCGAGGGGCUGACGUGCGGCCCCGCGCCGCCCCGGCCGCCGUCGUCAACCGACGCCGUUUCUUGA